GGCCAAUUCUCACCCGUUUCACUUCAGGCGUUAGGUCCCAGUCCGACACCUGACAGCACAAUGUCUGACAAAGGCGCCUUCGACACCAACGUGCUGACUCUGACCAGGUUUGUCCUGGAGCAGGGCAGGAAGGCGCAGGGAACAGGUGAGCUCACCACGCUGCUCAACUCCAUCUGCACAGCUGUCAAAGCCAUUUCCACCGCUGUCAGGAAGGCUGGGAUCGCUAACCUAUAUGGCAUUGCUGGAAGCACCAACGUGACAGGAGACCAGGUGAAGAAGCUGGACGUUCUGUCCAAUGACCUGGUCAUUAACAUGAUCAAGUCGUCCUUCACCUCCUGUGUGCUCGUGUCAGAGGAGGAUGAAAAGGCCAUCAUUGUGGACCCAGACCAGAGAGGGAAAUACAUCGUGUGCUUUGAUCCAUUGGACGGCUCCUCAAACAUUGACUGCCUUGUCUCGAUUGGAACAAUUUUUGCCAUCUACAAAAAGACCACAGAUGGCGAGCCCUGUGAGAAUGAUGCUCUGCAGCCUGGAAGGAACAUUGUCGCUGCUGGUUAUGCGCUGUAUGGCAGCGCCACCAUGAUGACCCUCUCGACCGGUCAAGGAGUCAGCUGCUUCAUGCUGGACCCCGCAAUUGGCGAGUUCAUCUUGGUGGAUCGCGACGUCAAGAUUAAAAAGAAGGGAAAAAUCUACAGUUUGAAUGAAGGCUAUGCACAGCACUUUUAUCCAGAUGUGACUGAAUACCUGCAAAUGAAGAAAUUCCCAGAGGACGGUUCUGCUCCAUACGGCAGUCGAUACAUCGGCUCAAUGGUCGCCGAUGUUCAUCGCACUAUGGUGUACGGCGGAAUCUUUUUAUAUCCCGCUAAUGUCAAGAGUCCCAAGGGCAAGCUCAGGCUACUGUAUGAAUGCAACCCCAUGGCCUUCAUCAUAGAGCAGGCAGGAGGCAAGGCCACCACAGGAUCUAUGAACGUUCUGGACAUCCAGCCCACCGGGAUCCACCAGCGAGUCCCCGUGGUCCUCGGAUCCCCCGACGAUGUGCAAGAAUAUAUUUCCAUUUACAAGAAGCAUAACAAAUGAGCAGGCCACGUCUGGCCGUGAGCAGCCUGAAGCAGGACUCAACACAAUAAAGUGCACUGAUGAAGGAACCAGGAGCUUCACUGGACCUGUGAACACACUGCUCUGACAUAUAACCUACCUUCUUGUUAUGUGUGUGUGUGUGUGUGUUACUUGAAGGCAUCUUUCUGUAUUAUUUAAAUAAAGACAAAUGGAAAAUGCA